AUGAUGGAUGAAGGACUUUCAAGAGAAGCAGCAUGUGACAACAUUUUCGUACUGAACAGCAAAGGUUUGAUCACGAAGGAACGUGCGAAGACGCUCUCUCCCCGCCAUCAGCAAUUUGCGAAGGAUCUUCCGGACACGAAAGGUCUUCUGGAUGUGAUCAAAAUGGUCAAGCCAAACGCACUCAUGGGUAUUUCAACGGUCUUCGGAGCAUUUACACCAGAAAUCCUCCGCGAAAUGGCUGAGAUCAAUGCUCAACCAAUUAUUUUUGCUCUUUCGAAUCCUACCAGCAAAUCAGAGUGUACGGCUGAGGAAGCCUAUGUUCACACCAAUGGUUCCGUGUUAUUUGCAUCUGGUUCUCCGUUCGAUAACGUGGAGUUGAACGGGAAGAUCUACAAGCCUGGUCAAGGCAACAACUCGUACAUAUUCCCCGGUAUAGCACUGGGUGCUGUGCUAUUCAAGCCAAAACGCAUCCCUGAAAAAGCGUUCUUGAUUGCAGCCAGGGUAUGUUCAACUAUAUAG